GUAGGAUGGAUGUGCAUUGUGCAACCACGGAGAAUUUUACAAAAGUUUUUUGGGAGCAGAAAUAAUUCCCGUUCCGAUCGUGUUUCAAAGCCUCGAAAAUCCGCGAUGAAAAUGAUUGUGAAAUAAGGCAAAAAGUGCAAAUGUGUGGCAAAAAUAGUGGUAGAAUAAUGUGAGUGCUUAAUGUACGAAUUAAAAAGAAUAAUAAAAGAGAAGAAGAAGAGAAGCAAAGUGAAACAAAAAAUGAAAAUGAUUUUAAAGUGGCUGUGCUUUGUAACAAUUUCGCUUCUUCUUGUCGCAACGACAGUCGGUAAAAGUUUCCCAAAUGUUUACACGACGACGAACGCCAAGGAGCCACAUUACAGCACAGCAAUAAUUGCAACGACAAAUAAUGAAACGACAACAAAUAAUAAAAAUAAUAAUAAUAAUUCAAUUUAUCGGGAUGUGAUGACCCGUGAUGUGAGCAAGAAAAAUGCCAUUCCGCACGACGAUGGCACGAAAGAAAUUGAUCCGCCAAAAUUAUCAUUUCUUCAUUCUGCGGCAAAGCAGCAACAAAUAACAACGCAACAUCAACCACAAAUACCAUAUUCGCCGUCAUCUUUAUCUUCUUACAUUCCUCCUUCCUCUGCUUCUACGUCGUUGUUGUUGUCUUCCAGCUCAUCUGUUUCUAAUUAUAACGCUAACAUCACCACUUCCAGCAACCAAAACCAUAAUGAUGGGUCCUCGCAACACAAUUUCGGCAUUUCUGAUCUUGCCAAGGCCAUGGAGAAAAAACUAAAAAAUAUCAGAAAUGUCGAGUUGGGAUGUUCGACAGUGCAAGAUAUUUAUGAUUCGAUGGAGUUUUCGGCAGUCGCACGGAAUGACGUCGAAAUUGUAAACAAAAUGUCAAAAAAGCUGAAUGCAAAGCUGAAAAAAGCAUCAAACAUCAUCAAUGAUGUAUGCAAUUUCAUUGAAACGGAAGCUCCGAAAAUAACACGAAAUUCUUGUAAUAAAUUCAAUACGUUCGUUACACCGUGCCCCGCAAGCAGCAGCAGCAGCAACAACAUGCUGAGUGGAUGGCAGUCGCAGCAACAAUAUGAUGGAAAUAGUCAAGUGCUGGCAAAAAGCAAUCCAAUAUUAUUUGAUCCAUUAACAUCGGCACAAACAACGACUUUCGCAAACAACAACAACAAUUUAAAUGCUAAUCACAAAAUGGAUAUUCUCAAUUAUCUAAAUUUAACAAGUGGUUCUAUGACCACGAGCCAUUAUAAUAAUAAUAAAAACGGCAUCGAUGGCGGCGUUAUAUUAAAUCAAGGCAAGAUAAUGACGCGGAAUAAUAACGUUAAUCCGGAGGAGGAUGAUGAUGAGGACGACGACGAUGGCGAUGGCGACGAGGACGAAAAGAAUGUGCUGAAUAAUAAAUUGCAUCAUUUUUUAAUCAAGCGUUUUAAUGCGGAGAUGAGUGGCGGUGCCGCCGUGUAUCCGCAACGAAGACGACAACAACUUCCAAUUAUCAACAUGUUGAAUGUGAAACAACAUUAUUUUUUAUCGAAAUAUGAUCAAUUGACUGAUAACAAGUGCCAAUAUUAUUUUGACGAUACACACUUGCGAUCUUUAUACAUAUCGCCCAUUAAGAAUAAACACGUACUUUUAUUGAUUGAUCAUGGAAAUUCUCUCAGCACGGAUCAAAUUAAAUUAACAAAAUCACUCGUCAAAAAUAUCGUGCAACUCUUGAGUUCACAUGACAAAAUUGGCAUAAUUGCUGUCUCAAAUAAAAUUUUAUUGUUUAAAAAUGAGGAGGUUGCCAAACAAUACACAUCAAAUAACUCAAAUAUUGCCAGCGAUAGCAACAGCACCCAAACGACGAGCAGUGUAAAUGACGACGCCGCUAAAACCAACAAUGCAACAGAAAACGACGACGCGUUACGACUGCGAGUUUAUGCCGCGACACGUACCACAAAAAAGCGAAUUAUUGAUUUUAUCGAGAGUUUAAAUCAAACGCAAGAAGCGACAAAUCAUCCGCUCGGCUUUAAAUAUGCGUUCGCGUUGCUGAAACAAUUGUACGAAAAAAAUGACGUUAAUGAUGUGGGACAAACAACGACGACGACACGAGCUCCAAAAGAAUUGCCAAUCACGUUUUUGUACGUGACGCGUGGCUUGCUGUUUCCCCUGACCGAAGCACGCACCGUCAUGAAUACAAUUGCCAAAGGCCAGGCAAAUAUCCCAUUUCCCGUGGUCAUCAACACAUGUGCCGUGAUAAUUGACGAGAAGCGCAUCAUGUACGAAAAGCAGUUCUUGAGCGACGUCAUCUCACAAAAUUACACAAAAUACGGGAUCGAAGUACCGCCAAAGCUGGCACAGAAAAAAAUCGAAGGAAAAUUAUAUUCACUCACCGAUCCCGCGGAUGCCAAUGCGAUAAGUUUGCAGAUUUUCACGGAAUAUUACGAGAAAAAUUACUCCAUAGAUCAGAAUUUGAUGAUACAUUCGCCGAUUGUCGAUGCCUACAGCAAAGAUAUGAUUAUUCCCAACACACGUGCAUGCGGUAACGUCGGCGUCUUUGGCAUAGACUUAUAUUUGGGCGAUUUAGCGGAAGACAUCACCUAUUACACGAGUUACAACGAUUCGUACGCCUUUUUGAUCGACAUUAAUGGCAAAACGUUGGCGCAUCCAUCAUUUCCGCGGCCCAUUAUGACGCGCGAAGAAUUAUUUCCCAUCGACAUUGUGUAUUUGGAGAACGUUGAGGGCUUUGCGGGUGUCAGGAAGAAGAUGCUGCAACGCGCGAAUGGCGUCGAAACAAUUGGCGGCAACAAAACUUACAAGUACACAUGGCAGCGCGUUGCGGAUUUCUACGUCAUUUGUAUCGUUUCGUUCACGACAACGACUGAGAAGCCCGUUCUCUUGGGGAAAAUUGAAAAAUACAGUGUUGAUCACGCAGAUAAUGGCUUACACGAUUUAUUGUAUCACAGAUUGGAUUUGUUGCCGCCACUUCAGCCCAAGUCGAUGUGCAGAUAUAUUAAACAGUUGGCUACUUUCGAUGCCGAAACACUGUAUCUGAGCUCUGCCGCAUUCCAAUCGCCUUUCAGUCAUUUGAGAAUAAAUCGGGAGGGCGAUGUCGAAUCAAAUAUCCAAACAAUACGUGCCAUCAUGGCGUACAUUCGCGAUGCAACGGAAGACGUCACGAAUCCGGGCUUACGGGACGACAUCAAGAAUGAUGUAUUAGCCUCAUUGCGAGUCAUGAUGUAUCUCAAGCGAAUGCACGUGAAUGCCGAUACCAUGAAAAAGUACAUAAUUCGUCGGUAUGUCAGUACCGUAAACGGCGUCUUGCAAGUGUAUCCGGGCUGCUUGUUGGAAUCCGAAUUCGAAGCGACGCGUCGCCCAUGGUUCCUCAAAGCGAUGGAGCAUCCAGGACGACUCGUCAUAACAGAGCCAUAUUUAGAUGCGGGCGGUGCCGGAUACAUCGUUAGUGUGGCAUUUACAAUUUUCCAAGGCAAAUCUGAUGCGGGAAGCUUCGCGUCGGAUCGCCAAACACCCAUGGCUGUGAUCGCCCUUGACUUUACACAAGGUUUCUUCUACAAACUCCUCCUCGAUGCCUCACACUUGUGCGGCAACAACAACAUAAAAUGCUUCUUGAUGGAUGACAAGGGCUACUUAAUAGCACAUCCCGACAUCAUAUUGCCCGCAAUAAAUAACAAUAGAUUAUUGUCGGAGCAUUUGACUGCAAAAGAAUCUCAAGUUGCGAGUGACAUACUGAAUCACGAGCAUUUUGUGAGCAAACGAUUGUGUAACAAUUAUAUCAACCGCACAGUACAAAGAUACUAUCAAUUCAAUAUUUCGCACACCGACAUUGUGACCAAUUUAGUGCAGGGUGAAAAGACAAAGUAUCAAAUAAUGCUGAUACCAAACACAAACAUUUUUAUUGGUAUUGUCAACUCGUCGUACGACACGGGAGCCUUUUGCCCGUGCAGCACCAUCGAUCGCCUGUGUCUCAAUUGCAACCGCAUGGAGCAAAGUGAAUGCGAGUGCCCCUGCGAAUGCCCGCUCGACAUGUACGACGACGGCGGAAGUCUCAACGCAACAUCCCAAAACUCUUCCAGUUGUCGCGUUUAUCCCGAACAACUAACAUCGUACACUGCCCUCGCACAAGGCGACGAAAUCGAGAUGCAGUCAUGCCUCACGGUGAGUUGCGACAUUUAUGUCACGCAAUACGACUGCUUGGGCGUGUUAGGUUGCGAAUGGUGUCAAGUUGAUGUCGAUGGCGACAGUUUACUUGCGACGCCGUUUUGCACGUCGUCCAUCACGUGCUUCAAUGGCGUUCUUGGGUCAUCGGAUCCGUAUGGCGAACCAAUUUUGGGCACAACUUUGGUCGAUCCGUCGAUUUUUUCGCCGGGAUAUUCGGCUGUGGGAUCGUUUGCGGGCGCAAUUAUGAUUUUGUGCAUCAUUAUCGCACUCGCGAUGUACUGCUAUCGUAAUACCGUGGACCAAACAGUAAUUAACGGGCAUCAUUUGUAUGGCGAUUCAUUACAGGAUAAUUGCGGUAUGCCAUUAUCGCGAUUCGAUUAUGACGAUAUGUCGCCGGAUGACUGCGAAAUGAACAACAUACGGCAGAAUUUAUUGUUACAUCAGACGAAUAAUGCUGUAAUUUUGCCAAAUUUAUCGUCGCCUUAUCGCGUUGUGUCGAAUUAUCGUCGUACCACGGGAGGCGGCGAGUCAGAUUUGGGCUAUUCGACAAUGACGCCGCAAGAAGACUCCGAACAUUUGUAUUUGUCGAGCGGCAUUGACUAUCCGAGUGUGCAUAAUCAUCAUGGGGCACGUAGUUCUUACAAUAUGUCAACUUCCGACUUGGCUUCCAUCAACACCUCAAUAUCAAGUUCGUACUUUCCCAAUACGAAAUAUAGCAAUAACUACGAAUAUCAACAAGUACCAACAACAUCUGCCAUUGGAGUGGCGGCAUCAUCAACGUCAACCGCGAAACAUCACUCAAAUAACUCAAAUAGAGACAAAUUUAAUCUUAAUCUUAGUUGUAGUAGUCCGCGUAACAGUAAGGAAAACAGUAGUUGUAGCAAACCCAAUUCGCCACUCUUUUGUGAUAAUCGGUUACCCUUAUGUUCCUCGCCAACGACGACGCUAGCCAAUCAGAAUAGUAUUGUUGCUGCACAACAAAAACUAAUUUUAGCGCCAGUAACGGUUCAUGGUCACGUAGAUGUUUCAUAGCAAUCUUCAAUAAUCAUUUUUUAAACAAAAUUGUCCUUUUUUUGUACACGACAACCCCGACACAUGCUGCACAUAACCUGGCAAACUGCAAUAUUUAUUUGGCUUUUAUACGUUUUCCAAAAAAAUCCGACUUACAACAAUUUUUUUCUAAAACGAGCGCUUUUUAUAAUUUUCCGUCACUAAAAAACCAAUUUUUACACAUAAAACGCACUAAACACGUUUAACAAGAAAAAAUCUUUUUGACCCAAUUAUCCAAAUAAUAAAAAUAAAAUAAAGUAAUGUAGUAAAGCUCACGUUCAAAACCGUUUAAAACAGACAAAAGAACGAGCAGGAAUUCCUGUGAGAGAGAAAAAAGGUAUUUAUAUGGGAUUUCACACGAUUUUCGCAAACAAAACAGGAAAAAAAGUGUGUGAGAGAAAACAGAAAAAAGCAGUAAUCGCCGCGUAAAUGCAGGCAAAAAAAUUAUCAUUUUACGAUUCAAUGAAAUUUUCACUUCAUUAAAUUCAGUCGCGUUUCACAAAUAAUCGUAGAAGUAGUAGUAGUGGGUAAUAAUAAUAGCGACAUACUCACGAAACAAAAAAAAAAUCUGUUCCGAGUACAAAUAUGUGAAAGGAUUCAAUGAAAAUUCAAUUGGGAAUUGACAAGCGACUAAAUUGAACUGGUAUACCGUCGACGUUUAUUGUUUCGGGCAUUUCGCUUCAAAGAGAAAAAAA